AUGGAGGAGCUGGACAUGAUAGUUAGAAGACCAAGAGCAGACAUACCUGCAAAGUGGACAGAGGGCUCACCGGUGAUGGAAGGUGCUCUGAAGGUCCUUCUAGACGACCUCCGUUGCAAUGUAGCAGCUGACAUUAACUCCUUCAAGGAAGAGAUAAGUGGAGUGUCAAGGUGCUUACACGACACAGAAGUAACCGCUUCAGCCCACCAUGCCCACAUUACUAGCAUAGAACCCGAGAUAGGUGCAAUAGCCAAGGCCAAGACGCAGAACCUCAAGGCGGCAAUGGUGGAGGUGGAAGAACAUAAAAAUAGGGGGCAUACCUGA